AUGAACCCCCCCUGCCCCCAGCAGCACACGCUGCCCUUCCUCCACGCUCAGAGCCAUCUGGAGCGCGGCCCCUGCACAGGCUUCGGCUUUUCCUUCCAGGCGGGCGUGGUAAACAGAAGCAGAGGAGAUCAGCUCAAAGCAAAAUCUCAAAUAGUAUCCAGCAUAUUGAAUGUUGCCCAUCAGUUUAUAAGAGAAGUUAAUCCACAUGAUCCCAAAGGGGAGAAUCAUUCUACGAAAGAGGUGGAAAUGACAACAUCAAAAAGAGCAGAAUCUACAAAUAAAAAAGAUGGACCCCUGUGUGAAGGGUCGUUUGAUGAAGAAGCUUCUGCUAGGUCUUUUCAGGAAGUUUUAAAUCAAUGGAGAACUGGAAAUCAUGAGAACACUGAGAAAGAGAACUUACGUGGAACAAAACCAGACUCAGUGGAAGCAUGUGAAGUACAAACUAAUCUGAAAAUUUGGAGAGAACCUCUUGAGAUUGAAUUUAAGGAAGACAGUCUAUCCUACAUAGAAAAAUUAUGGCUUAAAAAACACAGGAGAACUCCACAGGACCAACUUCUUAACAUUCAACCGGCUACAUUCAUCCGUUCAUGUAAAACCACUAGUGAGACACAGUUUUCUCAGGAUGAAAAUGAUGAAAAUGAUGACAAUAGUGAUGUUGAGGAGACCAAAGUACAACAUCCAGCUCUUUUUUUGCCAGUAGAAAACAGAGAAGAAGUGAGACCUGAACCAUCUUUAAAGAUAAUAGAACUGGAUGAUACUUAUGAAGAGGAAUUUGAAGAACCAGAUGUUGUGCCUUACAAGGUUGAAUUAGCUGAUGCAGAUAGUCAACAAAGUUGGAUAUUUCAUGAUUUUCAGAAGAAUACUUUUCCAUAUCAGAAUGACAUUUAUCAACUUAAUUUCACUAAGGAAAAAACAGGCCUCUUAAAUCUUUGUCCGAGCAACAGCUCUUCAUACUGUAAAAAUAACUCAAAAGCAGGAACUCCAAGUACAGAUUUUGACAACAUUGCUCAUCCUGAUGUUUGCUUUUCUGCCACUGAAGAAAUAGAGGAAAGCAGCCUUUCUGAAAGAAAUUUAAAAGAGAAAAGUGUAGAUAUAGAAAGUAAUCAAAACUCUGAUGAUUCCAGCACUUCACUUAAAAGUAAGGAUUCUUUGCCAAGUAUAGAUUUAGAAGAACCUUCCAUUGAGGAGAAAUUAUCCCAAGACAUCAAAGAAUCCUUGGAAUUUAAUAAUCUGUAUGAGAGACCAAACUUAGAAGAUACUAAAACUGCAGAGCCACCACUGGCUGGACAGGCAGGUGGAGGAGGCGGAGCUGCCACCAGGGCGACCAGUUGUCCAGUUUGCCCAGACAUGUUCAGUUUCAGCACUGAAAGUCUCUUGUCCCAGGAAACCCAUCAGUCCCAGGCAGCUGGGGUGGUUGGUCACCCCCAUUGCUGUAGCCGAAGCCGAGAUCCGCAGGACGACAGUGGGACCAUGAUGACCUGUCAAGCUGGAGCCCCAGAGGAGAUGCAGCGGCUGCCAGAGCAGCUGUCCCAGGCAAAGAGAGAGGGGGAGAAAUAG